AUGUAUGGCUGCUACAUGGAGUGUCUGGAUGACACGUUGUCAGCUCCUGUAAGCAAGAGUAGAAAAAGUCCGAAGAGGCCUCCACCCAAGGCUCGCCGCCCCCCACCGGCCAAGAAAUCUCGGAGCCCCAGCCUGUCAAAAGCUAAGGGCAGGGGACGGACCCUUGCCAAGAAGUCUCCGGCCAAGAAAGCGGUGUCUUCAGCCAAGAGACGAGGGAAUAAACCAGCACCCCCUAAGAAGGAAACCCAGACGCCAGUUAAAGCCACGCCCGUCAAGAGAGGAGCUCCUGCAACAAAGCCCAAAACACCAGCGGUUAAAAAGUUGGCCAAGCGGGGGGCCAAACGACCCGCUUCCAGAGAUUCGUCCCCUGAGGAGGCGGUAGUCACGAAGGAGACAACAAGGUCCAGACGAUCUAAGCCUGAAGAGUCUUCUCCUAAGGAGCCGGCGGUUAAAAAGCCGGCAAACAAAAGGCAGCCUGAGCCUGAACCUACAAAAGGGCCCGCAGCGAAAAAGGGGGUGAAGGGCGGUAAGCCGACCACUCGUAAGUCCAAGAGAGGGAAAAACUGAGCCGGCGCCGCCUUCCACGAACUGAGCUGCUCUGAAUAUGCAGCCGCUUCGUUUCAGUGCUCUCUCUUUUGACCAUGUUCUCCCCUUUUUAACAGGGCAGUAGUUUUUUUUUUUUAUUUCUAUUGUAGAAUAAGAACGUUAUCCUACCAAGUUUACUGUACGUUGAGUUUCCUAAAUUUCAUUUUUUAAUCACCAUGUGUAGAGAAAGCUCAGUAAGUGUUGCUGUUAAAACAGAUCAGCUGCCAGAUCGGGAAACAUAGCGAGGUCCAAUAAUCUGUAACUAGAGCCAUUUAGUAACUAUCAUUUUUAUAUCUGUUCCUCAUGUAUUCAUUAGCCGUUGGCAGUACGAGUUCCUAUCAAAUGAAGUGAGAUAUUAGUGUUUUGGAUGGUUGCAAAAAUUACAUUUGAGGUUAAAAUGUUGGUUCGAAACUGUUCCUAAAGACAUUCAUAUUUUAUAAAACACAGAUUCUAUGGUUGUAUUCCUGUGUACUGGGAGUAAAUGACAAUAUUUUUUGUCCGUGCAGUACUACAUUAGAUUUAAAAUUGUAUCGACAUUUGUUCUUAAAAUAUUUUUUAUUAUUAUGAAUAAUGAUUUGAUGUGUUAUUUAACAAAAGAUUGCCCCAACAAAAGAUUAGGCUUGCAGGUGACAUGUUAAAAUACAGAUGAUAAAACACUAAGUUAGUUUUCAUUUCAUACACAUAGGAGAAAAUGUCUUUUUUGAUGUGUGUGUAAACGAGCAUAUACAUGAAUUGAUUUAAUUGCUUCACAGCUGUAAUUCAGUAUCCAACUGUAAGAAAUGUGUCUUGUGAGUACGAACAAGGAGGACAAUAGCUCAUACAUACCCUGCAUGCAUGUAUUCCUUGUGUUGUUAAGCUUUUUUUCCAAGUCAUUAAUAAAAUGGCUAUAUUUGUAAAA